CCGACGGUCACGUGGGCAUUGCCGAGCACGCGCCCGCGCGAAGGGCUGCCUUUCUUUUUUUUCCCCUCCCUUCCGCUGACGGACCUUACAAGUCAGGUUGCCUUAGAAUCGCUGGGCGCGCGCCGACAGUUAAGCGAUGCCCUCGGCCACCAGCAGCGCGAUGGCGAGCAGCGGCAGCAGCGGCGGCGGCAAAACGGGGAACGAGGCGGCGUCGGUGGCGCCUCCGGCAACGGCAGCCGCGGCAACGGUAGCUGCUGGGGCGGCUCCAUCCCAAGCGGCGUCGGCGUCGGUUCCGGGCGGCAGCACGAGUUCGGUGCAGACCGAGGCCAUGAAGCAGAUUCUGGGCGUCAUCGACAAGAAGUUGCGCAACCUGGAGAAGAAAAAGGGCAAACUUGAUGAUUAUCAGGAUCGAAUGAACAAAGGGGAACGCCUUAACCAAGACCAAUUGGAUGCUGUGUCCAAGCACCAAGAAGUCAGUAAUAACCUGGAAUUUGCUAAGGAACUGCAGAGGAGUUUCAUGGCCCUGAGCCAGGAUAUUCAAAAAACAAUAAAGAAGACAGCUCGACGGGAACAACUAAUGAGAGAAGAAGCUGAGCAAAAACGUUUAAAAACAGUACUUGAAUUGCAGUUUAUUUUGGACAAAUUGGGCGAUGAUGAAGUUCGAAAUGACCUAAAGCAAGGAACAAAUGGAGUGCCGGUAUUAACAGAGACGGAACUGUCAACACUAGAUGAAUUUUACAAGCUAGUUGAACCUGAACGGGACAUGAAUGUGAGGUUGAGUGAACAGUAUGAACAGGCAUCGAUUCAUCUGUGGGACUUACUGGAAGGGAAGGAAAAGCCUGUAUGUGGAACAACCUAUAAAGCCCUAAGAGAAGUUAUUGAACGUAUUCUUCAAACAAGUUACUUUGACACUCACAACCAGCAGAACGGAUUAUGUGACGAAGAGGAGACGGUGCCUGCACCUACAGUUGAAGAUGCUGUUGCAGAAACUGAGCCAGAACCAACGGAAGAAUACACUGAACCCAGUGAAGUUGAAUCAACAGAGUAUGUAAACAGACAGUUCAUGGCAGAGACUCAGUUCAGCAGUAGUGAGAAGGAACAGGUAGAUGAGUGGACAGUUGAAACUGUUGAGGUGGUAAAUUCGCUCCAGCAACAGCCACAGGCUACAUCUCCUCCAGUUCCAGAUGCCCAUACGCUGACUGCUGUGGCUCAAGCAGAUCCUCUUGUUAGGAGACAACGAGUACAGGACCUUAUGGCACAAAUGCAAGGCCCCUACAACUUCAUGCAGGACUCCAUGUUGGAAUUUGAGAAUCAGGCACUCGACCCUGCUAUUGUUUCAGCUCAGCCUAUGAAUGCAGCACAAAACUUGGAUAUACCCCAGAUGGUUUGCCCUCCAGUUCAUACUGAAUCGAGGCUUGCGCAGUCCACCCAGGUUCCUGUCCAACCUGAAGCCACACAGGUCCCCUUGGUUUCUUCCACAAGUGAGGGAUAUACAGCAUCCCAGCCCAUGUAUCAGCCUUCUCAUUCAACAGAACAACGGCCUCAGAAAGAAUCAAUUGACCAGAUUCAGGCUUCAAUAACCUUAAGUGCAGAUCAGACACCAACAUCAUCGCCUCUUCCAGCUGCAUCCCAGCCUCAGGUAUUUCAGGCUGCCUCUAGCAAACCUUUGCAUAGCAGCGGAAUCAAUGUUAAUGCAGCUCCAUUCCAGUCCAUGCAGACAGUAUUUAACAUGAAUGCACCUGUUCCUCCUGUCAAUGAGCCAGAAACUUUAAAGCAACAAAAUCAGUACCAGACCAGUUACAGCCAGCCUUUCUCCAAUCAGCCUCACCAAGUAGAGCAAUCGGAACUUCAGCAAGAACAGCAGCUUCAGACAGUGGUUGGCACCUACCAUGGUUCCCCGGACCAGUCCCAUCAAGUGGCAGGUAACCACCAGCAGCCUCCACAACAGAAUACUGGGUUCCCACGUAACAGUCAGCCUUAUUAUAACAGCCGAGGAGUGUCUCGUGGUGGAUCACGCGGCACUCGAGGCUUAAUGAAUGGAUACAGGGGACCAGCCAAUGGGUUUAGAGGAGGUUAUGAUGGCUACCGCCCUUCAUUUUCUAACACUCCAAAUAGUGGUUACACACAGGCACAAUUCAGUGCUCCUCGCGACUAUUCCACCUACCAGCGGGAUGGAUAUCAACAGAAUUUCAAGCGUGGCUCUGGACAAAGUGGUCCUCGGGGAGCCCCUCGAGGUCGUGGAGGGCCCCCAAGACCCAACAGAGGGAUGCCUCAAAUGAAUGCUCAGCAAGUGAAUUAAACUAAUUCACAGGAUUACAUUUAAACGCCAAAAACACACUGGCCAGUGUACCAUACAUGUUCCAGAAGAGUUAUCUCUUGGUUCUCCUUUAUAGGAAGUUCAUAGUAAAGGGAUUAUUUUCAUUGCCCAUAAAGACAAGACUACAGUUGUCAGCUUUAUACCUGGAUAUGGAAAGAAACAACGUUUACUCUGCAUGUUCUAUCCUAAGCAUCAUCUUGAGCCUUGCACAUGAGAUCCAGAAUUUUUACCCUUGCUCUGAUUAAAAGCAAAAAAUGGCAGUUUUAGGGUUAUGAAAAUCUCCAUAGUUAACUGAACAGGCAGAAAUAACCCCACUGACUCCAUUGACAUUAUAUAGUGCUGCAGCAAAUUCGGAUAAAAAUAUCUAAAUCCCUAAAUGUUUUACUCAGAAAAUUGGUGUAUUUAAACUUUGACAUGAAAGGAAGAUGGAAGAAGCGAAUUGUGGUUUGACAGAGCAACUGCAUUUCAGCUUUUUCUGUUAGACUGAAGCACUGAACAUCUGUGAUGCAUAAUAAAUGAUGCCUAUACCCCAACUAAUAAGCUGAUGGACAGCUUAGGGCACACCCUUAGUUACAGCAUUUUUUUUUAUUAGGCCUGACUUGCUGUGGCAAAGGGAUGCAUUAAUUGUUUUGUGUAGCUGUUGAUAUAAUUGUGUAAACCCAGAAUUAGGCUUUGAUUGGCACUUUAAAUUUUUCUGUAAGAAAUAGAAGAUGUAAUCUGAAUGGCCACAUUUGUUGCAAUGUGAAGUGUUAAAGAAUUCUCUCCUGAACACAUUUCUGGGAUAGCAAUGACAUUUGUAAGGAUUGGUAUUCUUAUCUUUCCUUAUUUUUCCCCCUUGUCUGCCACUGAUACUUGAUCUUGCUGUAUUAUUGCCCAAAUAACUGAUGUCGGUACUGAUGGGAAUUAAUGGAUAUUCAUAACACUUUUGGUUACAUUAUUUCUAUUUUGCAGCCUGAAGGUUUUAAGAAAUCUCAAAUCCCUGCUGCUGCCCUUUUAAAUUGCUCUCUUUUGAAAAGCACCAGUAUGUGUUUGGAUCGGUUUCCCCUUUAAGGGAAAUUACAGCCAGCAGUUACAGAUUUAAGCAAGAUAAAUAAAACAUGUUUAUAAAAAAUAUGUAUUCUUUAACGUAUCUUAAGUGACUACUGCAAAUGUAAUAGGGAAACAGAAACUUCAGAAGCACAUUCCCAGAUCUUUAAAUGUUAACGUUCAAAGAUAUUCAGAAAGUUAGUAGGUGUAUUAUCUUCUGUGGAGUCUUGAAACUUAUCUUCUGAGGAGAUGCAGUCAUCUCCCUCUCCCUCUCCCUCUCCCCUCAUUCUCUCUCUUUCUCUUUCUCUGCUCCCCCCCAACCAAUUGAAGACUGUUGAAGCUGAUCAUUCAAGCCAUCUCAUGAGCUGUACAUAAUAGUUUGAGCAGGUAGUGAGAAUUGUAUUCAUGGCACCUGUUGAAUGUAGCAGUCCAGCCCAUGGAACCCACUGAAGAAGAGUUUCUGAAUUAUUUGGGAAUAUAUUUGCAGAAGGCUGAUUCUGUGUGCACAGUGCCCUUUUUGUAUUGGUGCUGAUCCCCUUUUAAGACUGUUUUUGUUUCAUGGGUAUAGUUAAUUGAACUGAAAAAGAUAAUAGAUUUUUAAAAUCUGAUUGGCAAGUAGUGGUUUCUUCUUAAAUUACUUAGCAUCUGUGCCCACCUCCAUUUAUUUAGAAAGGAGAAAGACUUCAGCUAUCACCAUGAGAAUUACCUACUUUCAUCUUUGAGGUUGUCCUAGGUUGUAAUUACUAAGUACUUACAAGUAGCAUUUUUGCAUUUCUAAAAAGUGACCCCCAUCCAUUUUAUACAGCUAAGCAAGUCUUCUAACAGGUUGGUACAGUAUCUGAAGCCAAAGGUUCAGAUUUAGGAACUAAAUAGGCAGAAAUUUGUGGUGUGAUUAUACACACAACCACACACCCAAUUUUUGUCUAGAAAAGCUGUGCAAGUAUGAAUUAUGCAAAUAGCAUGCUUUGGGGUUAUUUUACACAAUUUUUUGCAAGCUUUGGCUGUAAGGAGCCAUGCAGCACAAUCAAGCCAUACAUUCUGAAUACUUUGGAAAUACUGCUAACCUCCCUCUUUGGCUUCUGAGAUUUUACUCAACUAUUUUUGUACUUUCAGGGCCAAUAUUGUAGCUAUAAAGGCCAGAAUCCCUGGGCACUAUAAUCAAACUAAAGUACACAUCUUAAAGUUGAGCUCUACUCUUCUAAAUAUUAUUGAUUCCUUAUGUUCUCCAUAGUGACUCAGCAUGACCAGAAGGCAUUGGGUUGUAUCCAUUUUGUUUGCCGAAGGGACAUCACCAUAAUGGACGCUUCCGCUGAAGGGAGGGAAACAGAUUUUUCAUUUCCCCUUCCCUUAAUUGUUCCCUUCCAUUCUGUUCCAAAGGGUCAUCUAAGCCUCUGGAGCAGAUUUGCAGGGUGCAUAGGAGGCUGCUCAGCAUGAAGAGGAAUAACCAAAACCAUCACCUCCCCAUUGUCCAUUGAAGUGUACAAUUAAUAGAGUUCCACUUCUGGAUGCAACCCCUGAGUUGGAGACCAACGUGGUGAUGUUAUGACUUCACUGGUGGUAGUCUUUAUGAUCACUGGAUCUUAAAUGAUUAUAUUGAAUUAGGAAAUUGUCAUCCACCUUCAUAGCUUGGAAAAAAGUGAAGUACUAUUUAAUAGAGGCCUAUUUGUGAUAGAAAAGCUACAGUUCAAACAACUUAGGAGCAGUAUUAGAUGUAUUUAUUUACCUUAUUCAGAUCAUCACUUUGUAUGUUAGAAUCCUGUCUUCUUCCGUGACCAGCCAUCAAAAAGACAUGAGAUAGUGCUUCUCCCGAGAGAGAGAGAUGCCAACCAUAGUGUUUUCCUCCAAUUAUUUUUCAGGAUCCAAAAAUUCAGUUAUGAUCUUCAGACUCUUAACUAAUAUAUUGAUACAAUAAUACACUUGUUAAUUCCUUUUUAAUCUGGCAAAGCUACUGCCCUUCACAACAGUCUCUAGUAAUGAGAUCUACAGAUGUUUUGUGAAUUGUUUUAAGAAAGGUGUGUCUGUCUGUGGUGCCCAUUCUAGAGUUACUGCUUUAUCAUCAAAAUAGAAUUUCCGUGUUCAGUCUUCAUGAUCGGUUCAUUGUUCAUCUACAUCCUCCUAGACCUUUCUCACAAGUCAAGAUGAAAAGCAGUUUGAGUCCCUCCUAUUACUAUUUCUGCAUCUGAAUGGUGUUAAAAGUGGGGCAAACAGUUUAACAGAAAUCAAAUACAUAUUGAAGGCAAUGUAGGAGUUAUAUUUGCAUAUGAGACAAAGGAAAAGUGCUCAUGUGUAAAAUCUGUAGACAUUAAGUGAAUGGAACUGUUUUGUCUGCCUUGGUGUUUUCGCGCCUUGUUUUUUAACUGCAGUACCUUUAAGCUGAUGACUUUAUUAAAAAACAAUGACAUUUAGAAUCAAACACUCUGGAUGUAUAUUUUUAAAAAAUUCCACUGCAGCCUACAUUCCUAAACUUCAGUGUAUGUUAAAAUACCACUGGUGUUAAAAAAAAAAAACUUUCAAAGUUUUGCCCUGCAUCUUUCUCUGGUAUUCUACUUUUUGUUAAAUACCACCAGUACAUUCAAAUGUGUGUUGGGUCAUUCCUGUUUCUACUGCCACUUAACAGAAAUUACAUUUUAAAACCUUGCCUGCCUUUUCUGUGAUUUCGGUGUUGCCAUUGUAAUGUUCUUCAUCUCUCUUCACCCACACAAAGUUUACUCUUGCAAUCAGCUUAGCAUUCUUUUAAUUAAUGUACAAUCUUCAUUUUUAAAAAUUACACCCUUCAUUUGGAUAGGAAGAGGUGCUUACAGUAGUACAUUAAAAGUAUAGUAAGUUGCCCCUCUUGUGACUGUUGCCUAAUGUGACUAUUAAAUUGCAUGUUGUGUUAGAAUUGUUCAAAGCCAAGCUUGUAAUAAUAUAUCUAUGCAAAUAUUGUGAAUUUUAAAAAUUAGAAAUUUGAGGGUAGUGAUUAAUUUGGACGUUCCUGGAAGAAAUUGAAAUUAGUGCCUAUGCAGCUGUAUUCUGCACUUUUGACUGCAGAUCAGAUUGGUGAACCAUUGCCUUUUACUGCUCCAGCCCAAUGAGGCAUUUAUUUUGUAGUUCUUGUAUGGGAAAAGCGUGAGAACUGGGAUUUUCAUUAAAACAAUGUAAUUUAAAUUA